UUUUGACCUUCUGAUUACUGAGAAUGGCCCACUCGGCUAGUUUUUAUUUCAGAUUUUGGUUCUGCGAAACUUUUUUAAUGGCGACAAUUGCACCCGCAAGGGUCAAGCGUGAGUUUAAGGAAGUCACACAGCCCACAGAUGAGAAAGACCCGUUGAAAUUGAUCAAGCUUGACAUGGUAGACAACAAUAUUCUACACCUCAAGGGCGAAAUAUUCGGGCCCCCAGAUACACCAUACGAGGGUGGAAAGUUUAAAUUAGACAUUACAGUCCCCGACUCAUACCCUUUUAAUCCGCCGAAAAUUAAGUUCGAGACCAAGAUAUGGCAUCCCAAUAUCAGCAGUGUGACUGGUGCCAUCUGUCUUGAUAUUUUGAAAGAUCAAUGGGCUGCUGCUAUGACAUUAAGAACGGUGCUACUUUCUAUACAAGCACUGCUUGCAUCACCUGAACCAGAUGAUCCUCAAGAUGCAGUAGUUGCUAAUCAGUUCCGCGACAACCGCGCGAUUUUCAAAAAGACAGCCGCUUUCUGGACGUACUACUAUGCCAGUUGGGAUAAGAAAGAGUUCAUCGAAAUGGCGAGUCUGGUGAAGCCCGUUCAGAAACCAUCAUACGCCUCGGAAUAUUCCACAAUGAUCCAUGAUCUGGUAGACAUGGGAUUCUCACAAGAGCAGAGUAUAGCGGCACUGUCUAUGAAAUGCUGGAACAAACAAAUGGCUGUUGAAUAUCUUUUCCAGUGAAUUAUUAACUACAGAACAUGGAGGGAUCUGCUUUGAACAGAACUUGUGAACUAUUAAACUUGGAAAUAAUUUGAUACUUGGUGGCUGAGUUGAAAUGUAAGAUAAAAUGUAAAUUCCAUCUCACGAGAGAGGUUUGUUGUUUUCAUAGCUGAAAUGUCCAAUGACGACUGUCUGUAUUGAGUAGAAUGUAAUUUUUCAUCACAAUUUAUAUUGCCUUAAUGAAAUAUUCUAUGGUCUCUUUCGUCGAAAUUUGAGCUCUGCAUUUA